GUGACCAGUAUGUUAUCGGUCUAAAGUUGGGUGACUAUUUUGGUUAAUUGCAAAUUAACCAUAUGAAGACUGAAGUCAGCUUCAGCUGACAAGUGGACCAGUCAGUCACUAGGCCUUCAGCUUCUGUCUACUCUCUCCGUCUUGUUCAAAACUUCCAAGCGGAAGCUGCCGGCCGCCGAUGACGAUGCCGGGGAACUACUUCAAACGGCGGGAAACCGGCAUCAAUGGAAAGCAGGCCCCAUCGCAUCUCAAUUCUCCGAUUCACUGUUUGUCAGGCAUUCUGAAGGCUGGAUAACUGUUCAGACGGAGAUGAUAACACCGACCCACUAAGCUGCAGCUUCAAGCACUCUGGAAUCCCGUGGAAAGCAUACAGAGAAGCCGAGAACUUCCUCUCGUACUUCAUCCGCUUCAUUGCUGCUCUCAGCUGCAUUGAUGGCUCGUCGUCAUCAAUGCCAUUGUUGCUGUUGCUCUGAUGAUCUGGUUCCAGCACAGGCUCCUCCUGAAUCUCCUGAGCGAUCUCGAACGGAGAGUAUUGAGCUGCUGCAGCUGCGGAGGGUGCUCCAAGAUAGUUGACGAAAUUGAAAUCCAUAUCCAAAUCCAAAUCACCACCCUGAUCAAUUAACUGAUCACCCAUAUGUUGCUGUACUGCAUUGGAAUAGACUGGCUGGUGAAAGUUACUAUUAUGACAAUUGUCUGAAUCCAAUGCUGUGACUGCUGCUGCUGUUGCUGAGCCCUCAUUCACAAUAUCAUAGCAAAAAUCUCCCUUUCUAUCAUCGCUCAUAGUUGAUGGUGAUUCUGCAAUGCUUGCUGUCAUGUAAGGAUGAUUGGUUGUUGUGUUUGUCCCAAUACUGGUGAUGGGGUUGGCGUUAGUGAAAUGGUUGAAGAAACCUGUGAAUUCAGAUGAGGCUGCUUCAUCAUCAUCUUCUUCAUCGACUUGAUCUUCUUGUCCUCCUCUUACGAAUUGUUGUUGCUGCUUCUGCUGCUGCUUGUUGACAACCCUGGAAGAGGAGGAAGAGAGAUGACGGUGGGUGUUUCGAGCAUUGAGGCGCUGGAGGAGAAGGUUGGUGAUCUUGGAAGGCAAUGCAGGAGGCUGUGAUGGGGAUGAGGAAGAGGAGGUAGAAGAGUGGCGAGGACGAUGAGGAUCAGCAGAGGGCCAGAAAUUGGUCCUCGUGUUAGCGCCACGAAGUAAGCAGGCGGCUUCGUCAUAAGCUCUUGCAGCUUCUUCAGCCGUGUCGAAGGCUCCUUUCUUUGGUUUUUGCUUCGACCAUUUCUUUUACUAGUCUUCUUCACUGUUCCGACGGCGACCAUGUAACCGCUAAGGGGUAGAAAUCGCCGCCACCCACCAACCGCUUUACUUUCCUCUCUCUUUCUCCGCCUAAACCCAGAGAAAGAGAGACAAAGUUCCCGGAACCUGAAAUUCUCCGUUGGCGCACAAUGCUCUUGAAGAACCCGAUCAACACAAUCACCAUUUCCCUGAUGCUGCUGGCCGCGUUCCUGAUCCUCUUCUUCGCCGGGUUCCUCGAAUUUCCUCCUCCGGCGUUGACGACGACCUCCCUAUCCGAUUCCGGGUUUCGGGUCGAGCCGACGAAGUUCGACCCGUUCGUCGACCUGUUCACUGCUUACAAGAAGUGGGACUCUCAGGUGGGUUGCGCCCGGUUCAGAGAAGGCCACAAGGAUGCGAUCCACGCCUCCGGCGGUUCUGGGUUUAAUGGAUCGACGGGCUCUCUGCAGCGGGUUGGGGGUGAUUCGGAGUGCGGCGAGCUGAAGAUGGAUCAUGUGAGCGUUUUGGUCAAAGGGUGGACUUGGAUCCCUGAUAAUUUGGACAAUUUGUAUCCUUGCCGAUGUGGUUUGAGCUGUUUGUGGAGUAAAUCGGCUGUUCUUGCUGACAAGCCAGAUGCUUUGUUGUUUGAGACCACUACGCCUCCAUUUCAGGCCUUGCCAGGAGGAAAUGUAAUCUAUUUUGAUUGUCAGAGACGCAAUGGAGAUCCACUUCGUGUCUAUAUGGACCUAGAGCCCGGCAGAAAACGCUCUGGUAUGGAAGAUGUAUUUAUCAGUUAUCAUGCUGAAGAUGAUGUUCAGUCAACUUAUGCCGGUGCCCUGUUUCAUAAUGGUCGAAAUUAUCAUGUGUCUCCAAGGAAGAACAAUGAUACACUUGUAUAUUGGUCUUCCUCACGCUGUCUAGCUCAAAGAAACAAGCGCGCAAAGUCUCUCCUCAGCUUGCUGCCUCACCAUUCCUUUGGCAAGUGCUUGAACAAUGUCGGUGGACUUGACAUGGCCCUUUCAUUGUACCCAGAGUGCGCCAGCGCUACCAGUGAGAAACCGAGAUGGUGGGACCAUCUACAUUGUGCCAUGUCCCACUACAAAUUUGUGCUGGCUAUAGAGAACACAGCCACCGAGAGUUACGUGACGGAAAAGUUGUUCUACGCUUUAGAUUCUGGAGCGGUCCCAAUCUAUUUUGGGGCGCCGAAUGUGUGGGACUUCAUUCCUCCUCACUCAAUCAUAGACGGGAGCAAAUUCAGCUCCAUGAACGAACUCGCUUCGUAUGUUAAGGCUCUAGCCAAUGAUGCAGUGGCAUAUGCCGAAUACCAUGCAUGGAGGAGAUGUGGUGUUCUCGGCAACUAUGGGGAAACACGUUCAUUAAGUCUCGACACACUGCCUUGCAGGUUGUGUGAAGAAGUCAGCAGAAGAGGUGGUAGAAAUGCAAAAUCGUAGCAUAUUUUUGGAUACGCUUAUGAAGACAAUCAUGGAAUGGCUGUUUCCAGGCCUCCUCACUCAGAAACGAUGAAUUCAACGAUUGCAAAUUGAGUACAAGCCUAGAAGAUCUGUGAUUUUCUCCCCCCUUCUUUUUUUGCAGUCAUCACUGAUCGUUCUUCAGUAUUCUCUGCUGAUUUACAAUGAUGAGAGAUCACUUGAAAGCUAGUGAGUUUGUGAUUGUAGUAUUUGUAGUAGGUUUCAUAUACUGAAAAGGGAUGUGGAGUGAAAGAUGAAGACGUUGCACCAGAAAGAUUUGUUGAAUAGAAACUGAUGUAUACAGAAGAACGGUCAUGUCCGAGGACAAUUUGCAGGUGCUUUUUUUGCUUUUUUUUUUUUCCAGGUUACAAGAAGUUUGACGAAAGAGGAUGAACAUGAAGAGCAGAAGUGAAAUCACAACAGAUGAAGAAAAAAGCUACAAAUUCGAAUACGAGACCUCUUACUUAUGUUACGUAGAAGGACAUUUAAAAAUUAUAAAUGCGACAAUGAAUACCCAUUAUUCGAAGAGUUUGAAUCUCAUUUAGUAACG